CAGGCCCAAGCCUUAUACCUCACAAUUUCUCUCUACAAAGACAAUCGCAAAAAAAACACAGAGGCAAAAAUCAUAAACCUCUGUUUGUUGCCCUUCCGCCGUUCCAUUUCCCUUAAUCCCCAAAUCUCAUUUUGGGGUUUCUGAAAAAAACAUCCAAAAAAUUCUACCGUUCAAUGAUUUAUACCGUGUGAUCAAUCAAUCGUUUUCUUUUGGUGUUUCGUCGUUGGUUUGAUUUUCCCCUGGAGCAGAGAUGGCAAAAGCUAUCAGCCUCGAAGAGAUAAAAAAUGAGACUGUUGAUCUGGAGAAAAUCCCCAUUGAAGAAGUGUUUGAACAGCUGAAAUGUACCCGCGAGGGUCUGAGUGCCGACGAAGGAGCCAACAGGCUUCAAAUCUUUGGACCCAACAAGUUGGAAGAGAAAAACGAAAGCAAAUUACUCAAGUUCCUUGGGUUUAUGUGGAAUCCUCUCUCAUGGGUCAUGGAAGCUGCUGCUAUCAUGGCAAUUGCACUGGCUAAUGGAAAUGGAAAGCCCCCGGAUUGGCAAGACUUUAUUGGUAUCAUUUGUUUGCUGGUGAUCAAUUCAACUAUCAGUUUUAUUGAAGAAAACAAUGCUGGAAAUGCUGCUGCAGCUCUUAUGGCUGGACUUGCUCCCAAAACGAAGGUGCUUAGAGAUGGGCGCUGGAGUGAACAGGAAGCCGCUAUUCUGGUUCCAGGGGAUAUUAUUAGUGUCAAAUUGGGAGACAUCAUUCCUGCUGAUGCUCGUCUUCUUGAAGGUGAUCCUUUAAAGGUUGAUCAAUCUGCUCUUACUGGAGAAUCUCUUCCUGUGACCAAGAAUCCUGGGGAUGAAGUUUUCUCUGGCUCAACCUGCAAACAAGGUGAACUUGAAGCUGUAGUUAUUGCUACUGGAGUUCACACUUUCUUCGGGAAGGCAGCACAUCUUGUUGACAGCACCAACAAUGUUGGGCAUUUCCAGAAAGUGCUAACUUCCAUCGGAAACUUUUGUAUCUGUUCAAUUGCUGUUGGUAUGCUCGUUGAGAUUAUAGUCAUGUACCCAAUUCAGCACAGGAAGUACAGGGAUGGAAUUGACAAUCUGUUGGUGCUCUUGAUUGGAGGCAUUCCCAUUGCUAUGCCAACUGUGUUGUCAGUCACUAUGGCUAUUGGAUCACAUAGGCUCUCCCAGCAAGGUGCCAUCACUAAGAGAAUGACUGCAAUUGAAGAGAUGGCUGGAAUGGAUGUGCUGUGCAGUGACAAGACUGGUACCUUGACUCUUAACAAGUUGAGUGUUGACAAAAACUUGGUUGAGGUGUUUGCAAAGGGAGUAGAUAAAGAGCACGUGCUCCUCCUUGCCGCAAGGGCCUCUAGAGUAGAAAAUCAGGAUGCAAUUGAUGCUUGCAUGGUCGGAAUGCUUGCAGAUCCAAAGGAGGCACGAGCUGGUAUCAGGGAGGUGCAUUUCUUGCCCUUCAAUCCAGUGGACAAGAGAACUGCUUUAACAUAUAUUGACAACAAUGGCAACUGGCAUCGUGCCAGCAAGGGAGCUCCUGAGCAGAUUUUGGACCUUUGUAACUCUAAGGAAGAUGUCAAGAGAAAGGUUCACGCAAUGAUUGAUAAAUACGCCGAGCGUGGGUUGAGAUCAUUGGCUGUCGCUAGACAGGAAGUACCAGAGAAAUCAAAAGAGAGCCUUGGUGGCCGAUGGGAAUUUGUAGGAUUGCUACCCCUCUUUGAUCCUCCCAGGCAUGAUAGUGCUGAGACCAUCCGUAGAGCUCUCAACCUUGGUGUAAAUGUUAAGAUGAUCACUGGGGAUCAAUUGGCUAUUGCUAAGGAGACUGGCCGUAGGCUUGGAAUGGGAACAAACAUGUACCCAUCAGCAUCUUUACUUGGUCAAGACAAGGAUUCAGCCAUUGCUUCACUUCCAGUAGAAGAAUUGAUCGAGAAGGCAGAUGGAUUUGCUGGAGUAUUUCCUGAGCACAAGUAUGAAAUUGUGAAAAAGUUGCAAGAGAGAAAGCACAUUGUGGGAAUGACUGGUGAUGGUGUCAACGAUGCUCCUGCUUUGAAGAAGGCAGAUAUCGGAAUUGCUGUUGCAGAUGCUACUGAUGCAGCACGAGGUGCUUCUGAUAUCGUGCUCACUGAACCAGGUCUAAGUGUUAUCAUUAGUGCUGUGUUGACCAGUAGAGCUAUUUUCCAGAGGAUGAAGAAUUACACAAUAUAUGCAGUUUCCAUCACUAUCCGUAUUGUGUUUGGUUUCAUGUUUAUUGCUCUGAUAUGGAAGUACGACUUCUCUGCAUUUAUGGUUUUGAUCAUUGCCAUCCUAAACGACGGAACCAUUAUGACAAUCUCAAAGGAUAGAGUGAAACCAUCUCCAAUGCCCGAUAGCUGGAAAUUGAAAGAAAUCUUUGCAACUGGUGUUGUUCUUGGAGGUUACCAGGCACUGAUGACUGUUGUUUUCUUUUGGGCCAUGCAUGACACUGAUUUCUUCUCGGACAAAUUUGGUGUUAAGUCUCUUAGGAAUAGUGAUGAAGAAAUGAUGUCUGCUUUGUACCUGCAAGUGAGUAUUAUCAGCCAGGCUUUGAUUUUUGUGACCCGUUCACGCAGCUGGUCCUUCGUUGAACGCCCGGGAAUGCUGUUAGUUAUUGCUUUCAUGAUUGCCCAGCUGGUUGCCACUUUAAUUGCUGUAUAUGCCAACUGGGCUUUUGCAAGAGUCAAAGGAUGUGGCUGGGGAUGGGCUGGUGUCAUCUGGCUUUACAGCAUUGUUUUCUACUUCCCACUUGACAUAAUGAAAUUUGCCAUCCGCUACAUCUUAAGUGGUAAGGCUUGGAAUAACUUGCUCGAUAACAAGACUGCUUUCACCACCAAGAAAGACUAUGGUAAAGAAGAGAGGGAAGCUCAAUGGGCACUUGCUCAGAGAACUUUACAUGGGCUUCAACCACCAGAAGCCACAAAUCUCUUCAAUGAGAAGAACAGCUACAGGGAACUGUCUGAAAUCGCCGAACAAGCAAAGAGGAGAGCAGAGAUGGCCAGGCUUCGCGAGCUGCAUACUCUCAAGGGUCACGUUGAGUCAGUGGUGAAGCUGAAAGGUCUGGAUAUCGAAACGAUCCAGCAGCAUUAUACAGUUUGAGAAAGCUUAAUGAAUCUUACACAAGAAAGGGAGAGGCAGGAUGAGAAAUCCAAUGUUAAUUAGAGAACAAAGAGAAGCUUUUGGCCUUGACCAGAUAAAAAAAUUUGUCUAGAUAAAGGGGGAAAACUUUUAUCUUCUGUGAUCUUCCCCCCCAUCUAUUUUUACUUAACUUCGUUAUGUAUUUUGAAGCGCCGCCCAUUGAAAGGGAUUGUGUCCAAGUUUUUUCCAACAUUUUAAUGGUGAAGUGACAUCUCCUUGUAACAACAGUUCUCUUCCAAUUUCACCCCCUCUUUCUUUUUUCCUUGUUUUUUCAUUUGAUGAGAAUGUCUCUCAGUUUUUUGCACAUUCACUGGUGUAUGUUACCCUUCAUGAAAAUGAUAUGAGUGAAUAAUGGGAUUUCUUUUCUUGUUAA